AUGGGUAAUGACAAGGGCGCGACAGCCCACGUGACUAUAUUUUCUUUGCCCCGGAUGACGCUCGAUAGCUCAGACAAUCUUCAAAGUGGGUUGCUGUCGGCGAGUUUGAUCUUAAAUGACGAAUUUACUGGAAUCUGGCCGUCACCGGAUAUUGGGCUCACUCCGCCGGAGACUCCCAUCUUCGCCAACGGGUCCCGCUCCACGCCUUUUGAUGAUUCCAGUGCAGCAUGUUUAGAUGGGACACCAGGUACAGUAUUCCCAGGCCCAGGCCGGGAAUUACCCAACCUCACAGAAUACAAGGUGUUACAGCCGCACGGUAGGAGAGGAAUGGGAGUGGGUAUUCUAAAAAAAUGGUUCGACCAGCAUUGCGAUAAGCCCUAUCCAAGCAAGGAGGAGAAGACGGAACUAGCCAGCCGAUCGGGUCUGACGCUUACCCAGAUAUCUACAUGGUUUGCGAACACUCGCAGGCGACGCAAGAACAAGUCCCCGUGUCCAAACCCACUACUGACUUCGACUCGACAUUCGAGACGGCCUUUAGAAGGAGAGCUGAGCCUUAUGAGUCCUAUGGAGAGAUGGAGGAACUCUCCCCCUGAGGCUGAGGGCGCGUCCUUGGAUGCCAUUAUGGGUGCUGUGGUCAGCAGUGACUAUCCCGCACAUCAGGAUCCCUACAUCAGAUACUCGGAGCAUUCUACGCCAAGUGACGCCCGGUCAGCAGCCUCGUCAAAUGCCUCUGGGUCUGCCGUUUCGAACAACUCAGUAUCAUCUACUCAUAGCAUUGGGUCACAUAGCUCGGCUGGUUCAUUUUAUCGGUUCUACUCGGCCGAAGCGCCAAGGCGCCGAAGACGGAGAAAACGGGCAACUGUUUACCCAAAGCGAGCGGCGAAGACUCAAGAACCAAGGCCAUAUCAAUGUACCUUCUGCACCGACACCUUUCGCACCAAGUACGACUGGACGCGGCACGAGAAGACUCUGCAUCUCUCUUUAGAAAGUUAUACCUGCUGUUCAAGCGGGCCAACCUAUACUGAUACAGCGGGGUCCCAACGAUGUUGCUUCUGCGACCAUCUUCAGCCUACAGAUACACAUAUCGAAUCACAUUACUAUUCCAGAUGCCAAGAAAAGCCGGUAGUCCUCCGUACAUUCUAUCGCAAGGAUCACCUCGUCCAGCAUCUGCGUCUUGUGCACGGCGUAAGCCAGUUCCUUCCAGGAAUGGAAGGCUGGAAAAUGCAAGUUGAUAACAUCAACUCGCGAUGCGGGCUGUGUGAUACGACCUUUGUCUCGUGGUCAGCACGAAAUGAACAUAUUGGACAGCAUUUUCGGAACGGCGCGCUAAUGAAGGACUGGAAAGGUUCAAGGGGACUCGACCCGUCUGUGGCCUUUGCCGUGGAAAACGCCAUGCCGCCGUACCUGAUUGGCAUCGAGGCUGUGACACCGGAUCCGUUCAGCGCUUCGCGCCUGCCGAACCAGUCAUACCCAGGCGAUAGUAUGCCAACUACUUGGCCGCAGCUGCAAAGUGGUGCGAAACGGUCACCCUUCAACCAUUUUACCGUGGAUCUUACAAAUUUUGUGCGUGAAGCCCAGUUUCUCAAUCAACCCAUCACGGACACUGUGCUCCAAACUGCCGGGCGCCGAAUCCUUUUCGAUGAUGAGGACACGUGGAAUCAGACACCGGCAGACAAUCCAGAGUGGUUGCAGAUGUUCAAACGAGCGGUCUGUCUUGAGUGUGAAGGGGAGGAUAACCUAUCCUCAGGCCGCCCACCUCUGAGCGUCGAGGAUUUUGAUUUCUUCCCUUCAUCCGCUGAGCCGUGGGCUGUGUGGAACAUUUUCGAUGCCAACCUCAGGACUGGCGAAAGCACAGAUGCUAUGGAACUGGGUAUCUCGCUUCCAUGGCGGGACUCUGGCACUGGCGCAGCUUCGAGAAAUUCUUGUACAGAAGAUAAGCGAACCGAACCUGAGAGCCUACCGGAACUCACAUCGGCCUCACUUGUCGAACUCCAACAAUGCUAUCGUCACUGA